AUGAGCAAGUUUCAGCGCAAACUUUCUUUUGCUUCAGGAACGACGAUCAAUUGGUUGGAACCGAAGAUAUCUCUGGCAAACCACCUCAAAAAUGGAGCGGCUCAGAAUUUCCCCACAGAGAUAAACAAGCCAGCAUCUGUCAGAGAAGAGCAGUCCAUUGCAGAGCCCUGCCAGCUAACAAGGGAACCUGAAGAAAUAAAUCCAGAUGAGGAGUUGGAGGAUAUCUCUGAUGAUAAAGAAGAUGAUCUAGGAGCAGUAGAAGAACAGCGCAGUGUUAUCUUGCAUCUCUUGUCUCAGCUGAAACUUGGCAUGGACUUAACAAGAGUGGUUCUUCCCACUUUUAUUUUAGAGAAGCGAUCGUUGUUGGAGAUGUAUGCGGACUUCAUGUCCCAUCCAGAUCUCUUCAUUGCAAUCACAAAUGGUACUACCCCUGAGGAGAGGAUGAUCUGCUUUGUUGAGUAUUAUCUCACUUCAUUUCACGAAGGCCGCAAAGGAGCUAUUGCAAAGAAACCAUACAAUCCAAUCAUUGGGGAAACAUUUCACUGCUCCUGGAGGAUGCCAAAGAGCGACGUAGCCACUGAUGCUGGCAGUAACUUCUCUGCUCACUCCCCCUCAGAGCAAGUAACUCUGUCUAAAGAUCUGGAAGGCCAAACAGAGCUGGACUACUAUACAGUAAAAUUUGUAGCCGAGCAAGUGUCCCACCAUCCUCCUGUCUCAGGGUUUUAUGCUGAAUGUGUAGAGAGAAAGAUGUGUGUCAAUGCCCACGUCUGGACAAAAAGUAAAUUCUUAGGAAUGUCAAUAGGAGUGACAAUGGUUGGUGAGGGCCUAUUAAGUCUCUUGGAACAUGGGGAAGAAUACACGUUCUCUCUACCCUGUGCAUACGCUCGGUCAAUUUUAACUGUUCCCUGGGUAGAACUGGGAGGAAAAGUCAACAUUAACUGUGCGAAAACUGGGUAUUCUGCAAGUAUUAACUUUCACACCAAGCCCUUCUACGGUGGCAAAUUGCAUCGGGUCACGGGUGAAGUGAAGCAGAACACGACUAACACAGUGGUGUGCAGAGUGCAAGGGGAGUGGAACAGCGUGCUUGAGUUCACCUACAGCAAUGGAGAGACAAAAUAUGUGGACUUGACAAAGCUGUCUGUGACAAAAAAACGAGUCCGGCCCCUUGAGAAACAAGGACCAUUUGAAUCUAGGAGGCUGUGGCAGCAUGUAACAGAGUCUCUGCGGGAUGGAGACAUCGAUAAGGCUACGGAGCACAAGCGAGCCCUUGAAGAACGACAGAGGAAUGAAGAGAGGCUUCGUGCUGAAACAGAAACGCCUUGGUGUACUAAAUACUUCCUUAAAGAAGGAGAUGGCUGGGUUUAUCAUAAACCCCUCUGGAAAACAGUCUCUGCUGCGCAAACUCAGCAAACGGACACUAACUAGAAAAGCUGCUUUAAGAUGAGUUUUCUGAUUUUCCUCUCCUUUUCCUCUGUCUCUCAAAACACAGUAAUCACACUGAGUGUCCCCUUUUUAUGUAAUUGUGAAAGUUUAAAUAAGCAUAAAGAAAUAAAUAUACUAGGGCACUUUAAAGCUAUUAAAAAAAAAAAAAAAGAUUAAAAAAAAAAUCGAAGUUGUAGAGACAAACUUGCCAGGUACAUUCAACCAACUUGUUUUUU